AUGUUCAUAUGGGAUUGGUUCACGGGAGUGUUGGGGUACUUAGGACUAUGGAAGAAGUCCGGAAAAUUGCUGUUUUUAGGACUAGAUAAUGCUGGUAAAACGACCUUAUUGCACAUGCUUAAAGAUGAUAGACUGGCCCAGCACUUGCCUACAUUGCAUCCGACUUCAGAGGAAUUAUCCAUCGGUAACAUGAGAUUCACUACGUUCGAUCUCGGAGGGCAUUCGCAGGCUAGAAGAGUGUGGAAGGAUUACUUCCCAGCUGUAGACGCCAUUGUAUUCCUCAUUGAUGCUAACGACAGAUCGAGAUUCGUAGAGAGCAAACAGGAAUUGGAUGCUUUACUAACAGACGAAACCCUAGCGAAUUGCCCCGUGCUGAUUCUAGGCAAUAAAAUCGAUCUACCGGACGCCGCCUCUGAGGAUGAGUUGCGAAACGUUUACUCGUUGUAUGGCCAAACGACCGGUAAAGGUAAAGUCGCUCGAUCGGAUUUGCCCGGAAGGCCUUUCGAGCUGUUUAUGUGCUCCAUAUUGAAGAGGCAGGGAUACGGGGAAGGGUUUCGUUGGUUGGCGCAGUACAUUGAUUAG